AGGACCGUUUCCGGCACAAACCAGAAGCGGAGCUUCCAGCCUCCCGGGAGGCGGGAUGGCGGCCCGCACCGCACUGCUGCUUCUGUUGGGAGUGGCGGGGGCUGGCCCGACCCCUGCACAGGGUUCUCGGGGGGACCGGGAGCCCGUCUACCGAGACUGCCUGACCCAUUGCGAGAGGCGCAACUGCUCCGGGGCCGGGCUGCGGUACUUCCGCUCCCACCAGCCGCUGUAUAUGAGCCUCACAGGGUGGACCUGCAGAGAUGAUUGCAAAUAUGAAUGUAUGUGGCUGACUGUGGGCCUUUAUGUCCAGGAAGGAUACAAAGUGCCUCAGUUUCAUGGAAAGUGGCCCUUUUCCCGCUUCCUGUUUUUUCAGGAGCCUGCUUCUGCCUUUGCUUCAUUCCUUAAUGGACUUGCCAAUUUAGUGAUGCUGAACAGAUACAAGGCCAUCGUUCCGCCUUCUUCUCCCAUGUACCAUACCUGCAUUGCCUUUGCUUGGGUAUCUUUAAAUGCCUGGUUCUGGUCUACAGUUUUCCACACUCGAGACACAAAUUUAACAGAGAAAAUGGACUAUUUCUGUGCAUCAGCAGUCAUCCUCCACUCUGUUUAUCUGUGUUGCGUCAGGACCCUGGGUCUGAAACGUCCAGCUUUUGCCACUGCCUUUGGGGGUUUCCUGCUCCUCUUCCUGGCCUGCCAUGUCUCAUAUCUGACACUUGUGCGCUUUGACUAUGGCUAUAAUAUGGCUGCCAACGUGGCAAUCGGCCUCCUCAACCUCUUCUGGUGGCUGGGCUGGUGCAUGAGGAACCAGCAGCGCCUGCCGUAUGUCUGGAAGUGUGUGGCAGUCGUGUUGCUACUGCAAGCCUUAGCCCUGCUGGAGCUCCUGGACUUCCCACCGUUGUUUUGGGUCUUCGAUGCCCACGCCAUCUGGCACAUCAGCACCAUCCCUGUCAAUAUCCUUUUCUACAGUUUCCUCGUUGAUGACAGCCUCUAUCUCUUGAAGGCCAAUUCGGACAUUCUUAAAAUAGACUAAAGCUUUUGGUGGAGCAUAGAUUGGGGAAGGUCACGGACCUCUCUGGAAGACACCCACUGAUAAUUUCUAGUCUCCAAGGAGAGUGCUGCUUCAGGCCUACUUUGGGAGUCGGUGACAAUUUGCACUUUUUGUUCCUGUCCAUAUGCUAUAAAGCCUCCAUAUCUGGAUUAUGUUGCCAUGUUAUAAUUUGCCUGCCUUUCUCCUGGACGUAUCAGGAUAUGCCUUUCACUUUCCCUGGAAUUUGGUUUUGGGGUCCUCAUUUUGCCUUUGGAACUCUUUUCGUGCUUCUCUGGGUGAACAGGAACUGUUUCCCGCUUUCUUGCGUCACUCAGUUCCUUUUAUUUGCUCUUUUUGUUAGUUUUCAAGUUGCUCUAGGGGAAUAGAUCUGCUGACUUAACAGCCUUUGCUGAAGGGACUUCAUAAGCAGCAUGGAAGACCGUGAAGUGGCUUGGCGAACUGGAAUAUAUUCAGGAAUCUUGCUUGUGCUGUAGUUUACCACGGGUGAAUGGAGGUGUCAGCCAUUUCAGAAAAGCAGUGGUGUCAUGCUGCUUCGUUGAUGGGUUACUUUUUUAAGUUCUUUGCCAGCCCAUCAGAAAACACUGCGCUAUGAACUUUGCUUUCUCACUUCUAAUGAGAAAAACAAAAGAGAGAUUCCAGGUUGCAGUGAUUGCUAUAAAUUGGUGCUGGGCUCAACUCUCCUAGAUGAUAUGCCCUUGAAGCUCUGCGCGCACACACAAACACCUCCCAGUCCCAGAUGUGGAUGGGUCUGCAAAAAAAAACAACUAGCAGUGAUCAUUCCUUGAUGAAGUGGACAUUCUGCGCAUGAUCAGAAAUUCAGCUCAUCAUUAUUAUUACAACUGUACCUGUUCCAGAGCUAUGUCCUAGCUUUACAAACUGCCUCUGGAGCUCCCAGCUGGAUGGGGAGAAUCUUGUUUAAUAAUACUAUUAAUUCAUAAUAAUAAGCAAUUGGGAUGAGUCGAUGACAUUUUCAUUCUGAAAGCUAUUCCUACCAGGUUGUAGGAGCUACCUGAGCAUUUCCAAACUGAAACGCAAGCCGGAUUCAGAGAGAGAAUAAAUAGCAUUUCUCCUUUGACGCAUCUGUUCUGUUUUAAAAUAGCAAUAUAGACCACACCAUAGAUUGGAGUGAGGAUUUUUUGUGAUAAGAUUUGCCAUGCAGUGUCUGUCCAGUGUUCCAUCCAGUCCAGCAGGCGGUAUCCAGCCGUGGUCAGCUGCCUCUGAGAAGCUCAUGAGCAAGUCCUGAUGGAAAGAGCCAUCUCUGGGGAUCUGACCCUUCUGAAGUUCACUGCCUCAGGUUCCGUUUUUAACUACUUUGCCUACUACCCCCUGCUGGACUGAUCAAACCUCUCUGCAUUCUGAGGUGGGCCAUUUGUUACGCCUGAAGAUCUCUAGUUUUCAUUUGGUGGCGGCGACUCUUCUGUCUCUUAAGAGGAAUGGAGUCGAGGAAGAUAUCGUUUUGAUCUGGGGCUAAAAAUGAUAAGCCGUGUGGAUAUUUAUGACAAAGAAGAUUAAGCCAAAUUGAAUUCUUGCAUUUUCUCAAGAACAGGUGGCCUGCUUCCUCAUGGCUCCACACUACUUACGUAACUCUGCAGCUUUGAAACUACAUUGAACACCACCACUCUUAAAGGACGUAUUCAGCAAGAUGAACACAAACACUCGAGCGCUUUCCACCCCUCGGAAAAAUCUGCUUGAAAAACAGAGAAAGCCGGAGGAGGAGGAGGCCAAAAGUGCCUUUUGUGCGAAGAGUGCCAAAGGGUUCGUACAAAGAAAUGAGGAAAGAACCAAAGUGAAAAAGCACGAAGCAGCCUGGAUUGCUGAUGUCGGUGGUUAUAGCUCUGGUUAGCCACAAGGUGGCAGGAGUGGCCAAUUCAUGGUGACUUGAAAGUUGCCUCUAGUCUUCUUGAAUGUCUGCCCCACCCAACAUUAGAUUUUGAUGGCUUUAUUGUUUGUUUUUAAUACUGUGAUUUCCAAGCCAUGUUCCGGGCAACUAGGAGGUUCUGUGGAAGAUGAUCAGGGGACUGCCCAGUGAAAAGAUGAGUUGAUGGCAGCCAAACUUCCCGGAAAGGCAGCUUGCUCGCCAUUAUUCAUCACCUCCCCCUGGACAGUCACAGGGAGCAUUGGGUGUGUCCUUGGUUUUACUUUCUGGAUGGCUGGUGCCCCAUAUGACCCAGGUGUGUGUGCUAGCACAUGCCCCUGGAUCCUCCGAAACAUGCUGUGGUUUCUUGGCAGACGAGUCACUGUGGAAAAGUGAAGGAGGAAAGAGCACUGGCCAACAUCCAGAGCAACAAACUGCUUGCAAAAGGACAUUGCACUAGCAGAAAACUGUGGUGCUAAGUCUGGAGCGUGUACUUCAGCCUAGCAUUGUGCUACCGUAAGCAUGCUUGCACUUGUACUCCCCUGCUAACUGAGCAAAGAGGCACCUUUUAAAAGUGGUGAUUCUCUUUAUUUAGCAGGGGGAGAGCAACUGGCCCUAUCCAGCCCCAGCACAGCAUUCCUCCAGUGGCUGCUGCUGGUGUCUAUCUUAUAUUUCAUUUUUUAGGUUGUGAGCCCUUUGGGGACAGGGAGCCAUUUUAUUUGUUUAUAUCUAUGUAAACCACUUUGGGAACUUUUGAAAAGCGGUAUAUAAAUAUCCACUAUGUGUGUGUGUGUGUACAACA